AUGGCUUACUUCAAUAGCAUGAACUCCAACCGAACCAGCGGGACCGGUAGUGGUUGGAGGCAGAGUUGGUCGCCUUCUAGGGAUAUGUCAGCACCGUGGAGGCGAUUAUCAGGUCCUUCGCCUACAGACAGUCAAGGCUUCGGAAUCACAGAGGCAGACAGGCCACCCUUGAUCCCACGAUCUCAUCCUGAUGGCGUGGCAUAUGCAGGUACGGUCCCCCAGACACCUACCGGCACAUUUCCCACUUCGUCCUCCAUCUCCUGUUUGGACCCUACUAACUACCGCAGGAAGUUUCAGAUCCAUUCGAUUUAUGAACUUGCAGCAGGGACCAUUAUUCGCGGACUUCACGUGAGCGAAGCCGUGGACUCUGUUUCCCGCUCGGACCGGCGCGCGUCACGACAGACAUUCAACGAGGAGUCUGAAACUUGGACGAAAAGGAUUAUGCACAAACAUCGUCACUUUAUUGUGGUCCAGGUUUACGAUUCCCACUACGUCGCGUUGCCUGUGUUCACGAAUGCCGGGCGGGGUCUGGCGCCCGUUCCGCAGCAUGAGAAGAAACACUACAUGUCGAUCCGCGACCAUCGGACAGACAACUUCGAAUGCCAGAAUCCGGAGCUGCCGGUCCUGGUGACAGAGGAGAUGGAACCUCACAGCGCUAACCUCGCUCCAAAUAGCGUGGUUAAGUUUACAAUUCCUCAAACAUUUCUGAUCACGAACGAGAUCGAAAUUGUUGGGCAGCUGACGGGUUGGAGCACGGCUGUGCUCUCAAAGCACUAUCGUCGAGACGAUGGCGAAGUGGUCGGAGAACCCACACCCGAACACAUUCAGAGGGUGACUGAGGCUGCGCGGCUGGCAAGACUCAGGCAGCAAGAGUUCAAGGUCGCCUUUGCAGACGGUCCGAGCCACGGUGGCCUGCAGAGAUUCCGCCGACAGACAAUGUCUCGGUCUCCGUCGUCGCCUCGAUGGGGCGUUCGAGAUGAGAGCCGUCGUCGGUCAUAUUCCCCAGACUCUCUGGGUGACGUGCCAAUGCGUGAUGCUCGUCCUGCUGAUCCACCGCCACCAAAUGUGUCCAAUCGAUUCGAUAUGUUGCGCGACGAGUUAAGAUAA